AUGGAUGACGGGGAGCUUGAUUUAUCGAACGAGGCCUUGUUUUCGUGUUCGGAUUUGCUUGAUUUUCCAAGCAGUUGCUCAAUGGACGAUGAAAUUGAAGAGUUUCUCAACAAGACACAUGCCUGCACUCAUGCCCACACGUGCAACACUUCGGGCCUCGAUAACUCCCACACACACAUGCACACUUGUUAUCACAUCCAUACCAAGAUUAUACCUGUACCAAGUGAUGAUCAGAACCCAACUGAUGACACGGCCGAGACUGAGAAGAAACGGAAGGAACACCCGUUGGGUAAUCGUGAAGCUGUACGCAAAUACCGUGAGAAGAAGAAGGCAAGGACCAGGUCGUUGGAGGAUGAAGUUGUUCGAUUGAGAGCUUUGAAUCAGCAGUUAAUCAAGAGGCUGCAGGGCCAAGCUGUACUGGAGGCCGAGAUUGCUCGACUCAAGUGCUUGCUUGUUGACGUUAGAGGAAGAAUUGACGGCGAGAUUGGAUCUUUCCCUUACAAGAAACCAGUUAAUGCGAAUCUUCCAGGUGCUUAUGUGAUGAAUCCAUGUAAUAUCCAAUGUAACGAUCAACUUGAUUGUCUUCACCCUGGAUCAGAAGGCGCAGUAUUGAACACUCAAGUCGUCAAUGAUUGGUACUUGGGAAAUGCAGGAGGGUACUUGGGCGUUGUCAAUUCAUCGCAAUUGAUCAAGAACAAAUUUAUUGCAAUUGAAUUUGAUGCACUUCAAGAUUUGCACUUUAAUGAUCCCGAUGACAACCAUGUUGGGUUGGAUAUUAACGGCCUUAUCUCAAUUAAGACUGCCAAUCUGAUGCUGCAGAGUGUGAAUUUGAAGAGUGGGAAUUUGAUUACUGCUUCGAUUGAUUACAUGAAUGAGAACAAGAAGUUGGAGUUUCCAAACUGUGUGAUUUCAUUCAAGCAGGAUUGUCGGGCAUGGAGCCUUUAG